CCCCAUCUCUUGACUAACUAACCAAAGAAAGAAGAUGAGAAUCUUACUCUGCAACUCCAACUCUCCACCUUCGCUCACUCUACUCUCUCCAACACCACUUCAAAAGCCUCCACCGUUUCUGCCGAACGCCGCCGUUUGGGCCAAGAAAACCCUAAUUACUGCUCUAACCGGAGCUCUCUCCUUAACUCUCCUAGUCUCCUCCCCUGCUCCUUCAUUUUCUCGAGAUUCAACGUCUUUCCAACCUACUCAACCACCUCAAUUUUCAAAUCCGCUACCUGAUCGUUGCACCGAAGAAGAACAACAACAAGAACAAGAAGAAGAUAAGGUUGAGCUCAAACCUGAAUUCGUCACCAAUGAAGAAAUCGUUCAAGAAGCUUGGCAGAUCGUUAAUGACAGCUUUCUUGACACCCGUCGCCAUCGCUGGUCUCCUCAAUCCUGGCUGCAAAAGAGGGAGGAUAUUUUGGGGACUUCGAUUCAAACGAGGUCCAAGGCUCACGAGUUAAUCAAAAGAAUGCUGGCGAGUUUAGGCGAUCCUUACACGCGAUUCCUCUCACCAGCCGAGUUCUCGAAGAUGGCGAGGUAUGACAUGACUGGUAUUGGAAUAAACAUUAGGGAAGUUUCAGAUGACAUUGGAGGUGUAAAGCUGAAGGUACAAGGACUUAUAUUGGAUGGCCCUGCUCAUACUGCUGGAGUAAAACAGGGGGAUGAAGUUUUAGCUGUUAAUGGAGAGAAUGUCAGAGGGAAAUCGGCCUUUGAAGUAUCAUCUUUGUUGCAAGGUCCUAACGAAACCUUUGUGACUAUUAAGGUCAGGCAUGGCAAUUGUGGACCUACUGAAUCUCUACAAGUUCAAAGACAACUUGUUGCUCGAACACCAGUUUUCUAUCGGUUGGAACAAGUUAGUAAUGGCCCCACUUCUGCUGGGUAUAUGAGGCUAAAGGAGUUCAAUGCCUUGGCUAGAAAAGAUUUAUUCAUUGCAAUGAAGCGACUUCAAGAUAUGGGUGCUUCAUUUUUCAUUCUGGAUCUUAGGGACAAUCUUGGAGGACUAGUAGAGGCAGGAAUUGAAAUUGCCAAGCUCUUUCUAGAGGAAGGAGAGACAAUCAUUUACACUGUUGGGAGGGAUCCCCAGUAUCAGAAGACUAUUGUUGCUGAUACUGCCCCGAUGGUGACAGCACCUGUAAUUGUUUUGGUGAAUAACAAAACUGCUAGUGCAAGUGAAAUUGUUGCUUCUGCACUUCAUGAUAACUGUAGAGCUGUUCUUGUUGGAGAGAGGACUUUUGGCAAGGUUUGGAGUUUAGCUCAUUUGCUUAACUCAAGCUCUCCCUUUACAGGUCUGAUUCAAUCUGUCUUUGAACUUCGUGAUGGAUCUGGGGUAGUUGUCACUGUAGGAAAGUAUGUGACGCCAAAUCACUUGGACAUAAAUGGCAAUGGAAUCGAACCUGAUUAUAGAAACUUCCCAGCUUGGAACGAUGUUGCACAGCAUCUUUUGCAAUGCAAUUUGCUUCGGCAGGGUUAAAACCAGUUUAUAUUUUGAAACUUUUGGCAAUUCAAGUGGAGGAAUGAUUUGAUUUGCUUGCCCAAGAGUUGCAUUUCAUGGAGCUGACACACAAAAGCUGACUGAAGAGCAUUUGCUUACACAAGCCUUGGCAUGUGUCCUGCACGUCAGAGUCCGGUUUACGUUUCAGAGUUUCAGUGGAUCUGAUCCUACAUAACAUUACACCAAUCAAAGAAAAACAUAUUGCAUUGACAUUGGAAAGUUCGAAAUGAACCAGCUCUAAGACCAAAGAAAUCCCAACCAUAUGGAAGAAUUUAGCGCAUAACAACCAGGACGUAAAAGAAGCAAUGAUUUACGGUGCGAAAGUUUGCUGUAAAUUUCGUUCAUAUAUAUCUCAGUUAUGGAUACAAGACUGAAGCUUUUUAGUGGUAUUCAAGUAAAUCCGAAAUUCUUUGCCAAAGAGAUUCAAGCUUGUCUUAUUCUUUCAUCAACUCUCUUCCCACAUUCUCCAUGUCUUAAAUUUUGUUUGACGGAGAGAGAUGAGAUGUAGGCAUUACACUACUGCAGAGCAUUAUAUUUAGCCAGAAACUUGAUUUUCGUAGCUCACUGUUUCAGUGAGCUUCUGUUUUUGACUUGGUUAUCGCCACAUUUAACGAGUUGAUACUGUUCUUCCGUUA